AAUGUCAGUGCAUCUUAUGGAGCGAAUAUGGAGUGGCCGGUCCGCACUGGGAAGGCUUCCCACAUCGUCUCUGGUCAUCUCCUGUACUGUCCGCAGUCUCUGGUCAUCCCCUGUACUGUGUCCGCAGUCUCUGGUCAUCUCCUGUACUGUGUCCGCAGUCUCUGGUCAUCUCCUGUACUGUCCGCAGUCUCUGGUCAUCCCCUGUACUAUGUCCGCAGACUCUUGGUCAUUCCCUAUACUAUGUCCGCAGUCUCUUGGUCAUCCCCUAUACUGUCCGCAGUCUCUGGUCAUCUCCUGUACUGUGUCUGCA